AUGGACCCUCUCUCUGCAGUGGGACUGGCAGGAAAUGUCAUAAGCAUUGUCGAUUUCUCGAGCAAAGUCAUCUCCCGAGCAAGGCAGUUGCGGGAGUCAACUACCGGUGCGACGGCGGAGAACGAUGAGCUGGAGAGCCUGACCAAGGGCUUGAAGGCUCUCGUCAAAGAAACUCGAAAUGGAACCCCUAAAGUCCUACAAGAAGAUCAACCUGGUUUGAGCUGCGCCAAAGACUCGUCCUUGGAUAACCUUGCUCGACAAUGUGUUCAGGUGGCAGACGAGUUGCUAGAAUGCUUAGAGUCGGUCAAAGUCAGUGGCGGCGCACAAACCUUGAAGAGCACCAUCCAGGCAGUGAAAACCAUGUGGAAACAGGAUCGUAUCGAGGGCCUUCAACGCCGACUUGAUCGAAUCAACCGACAGCUGAUGGACGGCACAAAUCUGAAACAGCUGGAAGAGAUCGACAGGAAGCUUUGUGAGAUGUCGGUCGAAAAUACACGCCUAGCGGCCAACCGUUCUCAGGAAAUUGACCAACUUCGGCGAGAUUUCACUCGCGCAAUGGACGAUAUCAAGGCCAAUGCCCGUGACGAUUCAGCACCAGGAGCUUGGCUCGUCUUCUCUGAUACUGCUCGCCGUGGGCAGGCAUACUUUGCAGAACAAGUGAUCCUUCAAACUCUCAGAUUCUCAGCCAUCGAUGCUCGCUACCAAUCGGUCUCCAAGGAGCAUCCACAGACAUUCCUGUGGAUAUUCGAGGAGAAUUCGUCAACCAAGUUCGUUCAAUGGCUAAAGGAAGAGGAUGGGGUGUACUGGGUCUCGGGGAGGGCCGGUAGUGGCAAAUCAACCCUGAUGAAGUUUGUGGCGGACCAUGAACAAACAAUGCGCUACUUAGAAGCAUGGGCAGGCGACAAGAAGCUCGUCACUGCAUACUUCUUCUUUUGGAGUGCCUCAUCACACCAUCCCCAGACGUCCCAGCAGGGCUUGCUGAGAACUAUCCUUUAUCAGAUCCUUCGGCAGUGCCCAGAGCUCAUUCAGAUGGCUUAUGCUGACCAGUGGGUUGCAAUGACAUCGGACGGCAAAAUCUUCAAAGAUGCCCUUGAUGAGCUCUUGACGGUGCCAGCUCUCCUCAAUACUUUGAGGAAGAUAUCGACUGUGACCGCCUGGGACACGAAAUUCUGCUUCUUCAUAGACGGGCUUGACGAAUACAGCGGCAGACCUGGCGAUAUUGUGGAGCUAAUCGACAUCUUGAAGUCACUGCGAAACAUCAAGACUUGCGUCUCGAGUCGUCCCUGGAACGAUUUUGAGGAUCGUUUUGGCAACGACAGUCCCUGGAAACUCUACAUGCAUGACUUUACCGAGGACGACAUCCGUCUCUAUGUGCAAGACACCCUUGGCGAAAAUUCGAGGUUCCAGCAGCUUCACAAAGAGGAUCCUCUGUGCCCCGACUUUAUCCAGGAAAUUGUGUGCGAAGCCGCUGGUGUCUUUCUCUGGGUGUUUCUCGUCGUCCGAUCCCUCCUUGAUGGGUUGACAAAUUCCGAUCGCAUCAAGGAUCUGCAGGCGCGAUUGCAUGAAACUCCAAAAGAUCUGAAGGAUUAUUUUGGGAAAAUCUUUUUUUCCACAGAAAAUCGAUAUCGGACCCAGACAGCACGAAUGUUCUCCGUCGCCAUCCGCGCCGAUUCCCAGCUUCCACUGAUGGCGUAUUGGGUCCUCGAUCAAGAGAAUCCUAGAUACGCAUUUGAAUGCCCUGCGGAAGCACCAACAGAGGAUGUUCUGAUCUCUCGGCUGGAGAACAUGAGGAGAAGACUGAAAGUGCUCAGUAAAGGUCUCCUCGAGGCGGAGAGGACAGCACCCGGGUCGGUAGAUGUCCUCUUGUUUGACCACCGUGUAGCCUUCCUGCACAGGACUGUCAGGGACUAUUUGCUCACUCCCGAGGCACAAACAAUGCUUCGCACAUGGUCCGAUGAUCCCUUCGAGCCCGACUGGGAAAUUGUUAACAGUCUCUGUACCCUGAGCAAAAUGACGCCCUGGCAAUCCAUUCCACAUCGUCACAGAAUUUGGCUGUACUCACUCAAGGUUUUCUGGACGGCCGCUGGUCGGCUGGACCAGAAUCCCACGUUUCAAGUGGAUUUGGUUUCCAUAUUAGACCAUAUUCAGUCAGUCCUCACACCAGCGUUCGAGAAGUACGCAGCAUGUCAGGGUUUUUCCCACUACCAAUAUUACUUCAAAAAAGACCUACCACUUCAAAAAGACCUACCACUUGAUCUAAUCAUCACGUCUCAUUGCUUCUGCAUUGGACUUGCGAAUUUUGUCCGCCGAAAGAUUGCCUGCCAACCAGACCAAGUCGAUAGAGUGAUAGACCAUAUUGCGACAAUUUUUCUGCUCGUGUUUAUAGUAGGUAGAUCAAGUUCCGAUAUUGAGGCCUUGCAGGUACAGCAGACAGAGCCGGCUAUGGCUACGCUUGAGCUCCUCCUCGUUCGUGGCCUGGACCUAAACGAUAGUUUCGAGGGUGAGUCGGAAUGGAGCCGUCUAUUGUCGAACUUAUGGCUCUUGGGCCAUUUGGAUACACCAAACGAGUUUGAAGCCAUCAAACUCUUGGUGCGGUAUGGAGCAGACCUUGAACAGACCAUAUCUAUCGAAGUGGGGAGAAGGGGGGAAAGGAAAAGUGCGAAGGCUAGCGAACUGCUGAAAGAAUGGUUUGACGAAGACCAGUUCGGCGUGCUCCAGGAUAUCGUCAAGCGCCGGUCAAUCGGAUCCAGACAAGACGAGAACGCACCCAAGCACAGCCACAAGAUAUUCAAGAGCAUGAUUCAUCUCAAGAGGUGGAUACGUCCCAAGAGGUGA